AUGGCGUCCAAACCAAGCUCCCCAGACUCCAAACAAGAGUCCACAAAAGCCAAAGCUUCAAUCGCGACCGACUUCAAUCCAGAUACCAUCACCCUACAAACAUUCCGCACCCUCCUAAGCCACUACCCCCAAACCCUCAAACAAGUCCACCAGAACAAACUCGUUCAAAAGCUUCAACCAAAGCCCAAAAAAGGCGCAAAGACCAAUAACUGCGCAACACCUCAGACGGAGCUAUCCCCCACUCAAAAAGAGCAUAUCAAAGCCGAGGUCGAAAAGUUCGUCACUCUUGACCGGUGGCGGUAUGAAGGUAGACCAGAGCUACUUGUACGGGGGAAAGCUUCCGAAAAAGUCCUGAACAAAGAGGAUCUUAUUAGUAUCAUGCAGUGGAAGACAACACAUGGAAAAUACAGACCAAUGCUAAUGGGCAUGAUAAAAGCCAAUGACGAAAAGCUCAUUAUAAAAUGCACAGAGAGUGCUUCUUCAUCUCUACCAAAUGCAAACUCCAAGCUCGAUCUAGGUUCAGAUUCAGAUCUAUUUCCCCAAAAGAGCCUUGAUGCUCUCCAACCACUCCGUGGCGUCGGAGUAGCUACUGCAUCACUUAUUCUGUCCAUCGCGACUGGGUUCAGGGAAGAUCAUGAACAGGUUCCUUUUUACAGUGAUGAUUUGUUUCUGUGGCUUGUUGUGGGGGAAUAUCCUGUUACGGGGCUUAGUGAGAAAGGUGAUUCGAAGUCGAAGUCGAAGUCGAAGUUUAUGCGUGAUGGGGAGUUGAACGUUAAGUAUAAUUUGAAUGAGUAUCGGGAACUUUGGGGUAGGUGUCGGGAGUUGAUGAGGAGGCUCAAAAUUCAUGAGGGUUACGAAGAGGAUCCGAUUUCCCAGAAUGAUAUUGAGAAGGUGGCGUAUGUGUUGCGCAAUAUUGGUGCUUCGGGGCUUUAUGAUAGUACUGGUACUGAGGUUGGGAAGGAGGUGGAUGUGUUUGCGGAGGAGAGUAGGAAACGGAAGAGGGAAGGGACCACGGAGAAGAAUGUUGUGAAGAGGGCGUCUAGGAGUGCGACGAAAGCUAAGGCAAUGGAAUAG